GGCGGCGAGGUGGUGAUGGCGUACUUCGUGGAGAACUUCUGGGGGGAAAGGAACAAUGGCUUUGAUGUCCUCUAUCAUAACAUGAAGCAUGGGCACUUGUCAACAAAAGACUUAGCAGACUUUAUAAGAGAAAGGGCUACAAUAGAGGAGGCAUAUUCAAGGUCAAUGACAAAACUAGCCAAAUCAGCAAGCAAUUACACACAACUUGGGACUUUUGCACCGGUUUGGGAUGUUUUCAAAACCUCAACGGAGAAACUAGCAAGCUGUCACUUGGAUCUUGUGCGGAGGUUACAAGAGCUAAUAAAAGAAGUUCACAAGUAUGGAGACGAACAAAUCAAAGCUUAUAAAAAGACUAAAGAUGAUGUUUCAGGAACAUUGGAAGCAGUGCAAAAUAUUCAAAGUAUUACUCAGGCCUUGCAGAAGUCAAAGGAAAACUACAAUGCAAAGUGUGUUGAACAAGAACGUUUGAAAAAGGAAGGAGCAACACAGAGAGACAUUGAUAAGGCUGCAGUUAAAUCAAAAAAAGCUACAGAUACCUAUAAACUCUAUGUGGAGAAAUAUGCUGCAUUGAAAUCUGAUUUUGAACAGAAAAUGACAGAAACUGCACAGAAAUUUCAAGACAUUGAAGAAACACACCUUCUUCGUAUGAAAGAAAUUAUAGAGUCAUUGUCAAAUACCAUAAAAGAAACUCAUUUACAAAUAGGAGAGGUGCAUGAAGAGUUUAUUAAUAACAUGACAAAUACUACAGUUGAGAGUUUAAUACAGAAAUUUGCUGAGUCAAAAGGAACUGGCAAGGAAAGACCUGGUCCUGUUGAAUUUGAAGAAUGUAAUAUAUCCACUGCGGUUGAAGGGAUAAAACCACGGAAGAGGAAGCCUUUUGGGUUAUCAGGAAUAAUGAAAAAGGAAAAAGAUACUGAAUCUAUGGAAUGUCCGGAUGCAGACUCAAUUAACAUGCCUGGUGUGGAUGAUGAAGGAUACAGCAUUAAACCAGAAGCAACACAAGAUAUCCUUUUCAAAAAACAUACCAAAGAGAACCAUUUCUAUUCAUCCAGUGAUUCUGACUCUGAAGAUGAUGAACCCAGGAGAUUCCAUGUGGAAAUAAAACCUGUCCAGCCAAAUAAUCUCUCUCAAUAUACCAUGCCUUCCUUGGAUGAAUUAAAAGUAUCUAUAGGGAACAUCACUCUUUUCCCACCUGUAUCUAGACACAGUCCUGCACUAAUGAAUCCAAAUUCGUCAAGUGAAGACAUAAAAUCAAAGCUUUCUGCUCCAGCUAAUGAAAAGGGCAACAGUGACCUCCUGGCAUGGGAUCCACUCUUCAGCAGUUCUCUUGAAUCUUCUUCUUCUGCUUCUUUGACAUCUUCAUCCUCCUCAGCAAGACCCACAACUCCUCUUUCUGUAGGCACCAUUGUACCCCCUCCAAGGCCUGCUUCAAGACCAAAGCUGUCUACUGCGAAACUUAGUGGGAUUAAUGAAAUACCUAGGCCGUUCAGCCCUCCAUCGACCUGUAACUCAAGUCCACCUCCUGCAGCUCCCUUGGCACGUGCAGAGAGUAUUUCCUCAAUAUCGUCUUCUGCUUCUCUCAGUGCAGCAAACACACCUACAGUUGGUGUUUCACGUGGUCCCAGCCCCGUCAGCCUUGGAAACCAGGACACCUUGCCUGUUGCAGUAGCCCUUACUGAGUCUGUUAAUGCCUACUUUAAAGGAGCAGAUCCCACAAAAUGUAUUGUGAAGAUUACUGGUGAUAUGACAGUAUCAUUCCCUAGUGGGAUUAUUAAAGUCUUCACCAGCAACCCAUCUCCAGCUGUGCUCUGCUUUCGAGUGAAAAACACAAGCAAACUAGAUCAGAUUCUUCCCAAUGCGCAGCUUGUAUACAGUGAUCAGUCACAAAGUGACUCCAGUACUAAGGAUUUUUGGAUGAACAUGCAAGCUAUAACUGUCUACCUCAAGAAAUUAUCAGAGCAGAAUCCAUCUGCAUCCUAUUACAAUGUGGAUGUUUUAAAGUAUCAGGUAUCUUCAAAUGGCAUCCAGUCUACUCCUUUGAAUCUUGCAACUUACUGGAAAUGUAAUGCUAGCACUACUGAUGUGAGAGUGGAUUAUAAGUACAACCCAGAGUCUAUGAACGUGCCUAGUGUGCUGUCUAAUGUCCAGGUUGUGGUACCAGUAGAUGGAGGAGUAACAAACAUGCAGUCACUUCCACCUGCAAAAUGGAACGCAGAGCAGAUGAAAGCAUAUUGGAAAAUAUCAAGCAUUUCAGAGAAGUCUGAGAAUGGAGGUUCUGGAUCCCUCAGGGCAAAAUUUGAAGUUUCAGAAGGACCUAGUAAACCAGCAACACUUGCGGUGCAAUUCAUUAGUGAAGGAGGCACCCUUUCCGGAGUAGAUGUGGAGCUUGUAGGCACUGGCUAUCGGCUUUCUCUCCUGAAGAAGAGAUUUGCCACUGGGCGGUAUAUGGCAGACUGCUGAUGUACCUGUGAAAGUCAUUGGAUCAAAGGAGUACAGGAAGCUCACCUUGCCCUCUAUCCUUUUCAAACACUAUUUCAACAUACAUUAAUUUUUUCAAAACAUUAACCUACUUUGAGGCCGAACUACAGAACAGAAAAUGCACUUUUAAAAGUCAUUUUGCAAACUUUUUAUUACUUUAUAAUAGCACUGAAGUUAACUUCAACACUGUCUGUAAAUGAUCAACUGCAAUACCUGGAAAAAUUUGUUUAAAUUUUUUUAAAGUUUAUAUAGAUGAAGUCAAAAUAGUAAUCCAUAGUUGUAACAAAAUGUGUCAGUGUGAGCUGAAAUUCUGCCCCCCCCCCCAACAAUAACCA